AUGACCGCAUCUUCUCUGACUACAGACAUCCCUUCGACCACACCAACAACUAUCACCCACCCUUCUGUGGGCUCUACUGGCUUCUCGACUACAGGAACAGACCUCACAUCAACAUUCACUGGUUCCAGUUCCUCAGCAAUGUCCACAAGUGUCAUUCCAUCUUCCCCCAGCAUCCAGAAUACAGAAACCUCAUCCCUUGUCAGCAUGACCUCUGUCACCACUCCCAGCGAGACACCAACUCUCCCAAGUACUGACGGCACUCUGACAAGUUCCCUCCUGACGCCCUUCCCAAGUACAUAUUCAUUUUCCUCUUCUAUGUCUUCCAGCAGUGCCGGGACCACUCACACAGAGACUAUUUCCUCACCUCCAGUCAGCACCAGUACAGUCCACACAACAGCCGAAUCCACCCUGUCACCUGCUGCCGCCACCUCACUCACCACAUCCACAACGAUGGAACCACCUUCAACCACGGCAGCAACUACAGGCACAGGCCAGACCACCUUCCCCAGCUCUACAGCCACAUUCCCUGAGACCACCACACUGACUGCUACAACUGACAAGUCCACCGAAUCUCUCACAACAGCUGUGACUUCUCCUCCCAUUACUUCAUCAGUCACUUCCACAAAUACAGUGACUUCUGUGACAACUACAACCUCUCCUCUCACAACCACAAAUUAUUUUACAUCACUGACUAGUAUGACUCUGUCUUCUACACCUAUCCCAAGCACAGAAGCAAUCACCAGUGGCACCACAAGCACAAUCCCUCCAUCUAUCUUGGUGACCACACUCCCCACUACAAAUGUCUCAUCUAUGACUACAUCUGAGACCACCUAUCCUAAUUCUCCAAGUGGCCCUGGUACAAACUCCACGACUGAAAUCACCUAUCCCACCACUAUGACAGAGACAUCAUCCACUGCCACCUCUAUUCCACCCACUUCUCCCUUGGUCUCAACCGCAGGAACAGCCAAAAGUCCUACCACAAACUUGGUAAACACCACCACCACCAAGACCACCUUACAUAGUACCUCCAGCUUCACUUCUUCAAGCAUCUACUCCACAGCCAGCAGAUACACAACUGCCAUCACCUCAGUUCCGACAACCUUGGGUACCAUGAUGACUUCUACAUCCAUGAUCCCAUCUACUCUAAGUACAGGUAUCCCUACCUCACAACCAACAACCAUCACUCCCUCAUCUGUGGGCCUCACUAGUUCAUUACCUAUGAUGACAGACCUCACCUCAGUGUACACAGUCUCCAGCAUGUCUGCAACGCCAACCACUGUCGUUCCCUCAUCUCCCACUGUCCAGAAUACAGAAACCUCAUCCUUUGUCAGCAUGACCUCUGCCACCACUCCCAGUGGGAGGCCAACUUUUGCCAGUACACACAGCACUCUGACAAGGUCCCGCUUGACAACCUUCCCAGGGACGUAUUCAUUUUUGCCUUCCAUGCCUGCCAGCAGUGCUGGGACCACUCACAGAGAGAGUAUCUCCUCACCUCCUGCCAUCACCAGUGCACUCCACACAACGGCUGAAUCCACCCCAUCACCCACUACCACCACCUCAUUCACCACAUCCACAAUGAUGGAACCACCUUCAACCACUGGAGCAACUACAGGCACAGGUCAGACCACCUUCCCCAGCUCUACAGCCACAUUCCCUGAGACCACUACACUGACUCCUGCAAUUGACAUUUGUACAGAAUCUCUAACAACAGCCAUGACUUCUCCUCCCCGCAUCAGUUCUUCAAUCACUCCCACCAAUACAGUGACUUCUAUGACAACUACGACCUCUUGGCCCACAGCCACUAAUACGUUGUCAUCACUCACCAGUAGCAUUUUAUCUUCUCCACCUGUCACAAGCACAGAAAUGAUAACCAGUCGUAACACCAACACCACCCCUCCAUCCACCUUGUUGACUACUUUCCCCACCACCACCCCCGAUACCACCUCCCACAGUACCCGCAGCUUAAAUUCUUCAGCCAUUUACUCCACAGCCAGCACAUCCACAACUGCCAUCUCCUCAGCUUCCCUUACCUCAGGUACCAUAGUGACUUCCACAACCAUGACCCCAUCUUCUCUGACUACAGACAUCCCUUCGACAACACCAACAACUAUCACCCACCCUUCUCAUCCAGAAUACAGAAACCUCAUCCCUUGUCAGCAGGACCUCUGUCACCACUCCCAGCGAGACACCAACUCUCCCAAUCAGCACCAGUACACUCCACACAACAGCCGAAUCCACCCUGUCACCUGCUGCCGCCACCUCACUCACCACAUCCACAACGAUGGAACCACCUUCAACCACGGCAGCAACUACAGAAUCUCUCACAACAGCUGUGACUUCUCCUCCCAUUACUUCAUCAGUCACUUCCACAAAUACAGUGACUUCUGUGACAACUACAACCUCUCCUCUCACAACCACAAAUUAUUUUACAUCACUGACUAG